UGUUUCUGCAGUGAAUCGAGAAUUUGCGCGCCAGCCGUGGAUGUUUAAUAUGCUAGUAUGGGUCCGCUAGCGUUCAUCCUUGUUGGUGGAUUACUGUAUUUUCAAGUUGAUGGAUCCCGUCUGCGCCAGGAGGACUCCCCACCCCGGAUUGUGGAGCACCCCUCUGACCUGAUUGUAUCCAAAGGGGAGCCCGCCACUCUCAACUGUAAAGCAGAGGGGCGGCCAACUCCAACAGUGGAGUGGUACAAGGAUGGAGAGCGAGUGGAAACAGACAAAGAUGACACACGUUCUCAUCGCAUGCUGCUGCCCAGCGGCUCGCUUUUCUUCUUACGCAUCGUUCAUGGACGACGGAGCAAACCGGAUGAGGGAGCCUAUGUUUGCGUGGCCCGCAACUACCUGGGAGAAGCUGUCAGCCGCAACGCAUCUUUGGAAGUAGCAUUGCUGCGAGAUGACUUCAGACAAAAUCCUGCAGACGUGGUGGUUGCAGCAGGAGAGCCAGCAAUCCUUGAGUGUCUUCCUCCCAGAGGCCAUCCUGAACCCACCAUCUAUUGGAAGAAAGAUAAAGUGCGAAUUGAGGACAAAGAUGACAGGAUCACUUUUCGAGGUGGGAAGCUAAUGAUCUCCAACACAAAAAAGAGUGAUGCUGGCAUGUACAUCUGUGUGGGUACCAACAUGGUCGGAGAAAGGGACAGCGAGACAGCACAAGUCACUGUGUUUGAGCGACCAACCUUCCUCCGGAGGCCGAUAAACCAGGUUGUCCUGGAAGAGGAGACGGUGGAGUUUCGCUGUCAGGUACAAGGAGACCCCCAACCUAAUGUGCGCUGGAGGAAAGAUGAUGCUGAUGUUCCUCGUGGGAGGUAUGAGAUCAAGUAUGACAAAGACGACUACGUGCUGAGAGUGAAGAAGGCAUCCAUUAACGACGAGGGCACAUUCACCUGUGUGGCAGAAAACCGUGUGGGCAAGCUGGAGGCUUCUGCCACUCUCACAGUCAGAGAUCGCAAUGUCGCUGCCCCUCAGUUUGUCAUCCGUCCAAGGGACCAAAUUGUGGCUCAAGGUCGCACUGCCACCUUCCCGUGUGAAACCAAAGGAAACCCUCAGCCUGCUGUCUUCUGGCAGAAAGAGGGAAGUCAGAAUUUGCUGUUUCCCAACCAACCCCAGCAGCCCAACAGUCGCUUCUCAGUGUCGCCCAGUGGAGACCUCACCAUCUCAUCUGUGCAGCGGGCAGAUGCUGGUUACUAUAUCUGCCAAGCCCUGACCGUUGCAGGCAGUAUUCUCGCCAAGGCUCAACUGGAGGUCACAGAUGUGCUCACAGACAGACCACCACCCAUCAUUCGCCAAGGCCCAUCCAACCAGACAUUAGGGGUGGACAGUGUGGCGUUGUUGAAGUGCCAAGCAUCAGGAGACCCAAUCCCUUCCAUCAGCUGGCUGAAGGAUGGGGUCAGUCUGCUGGGAAAGGACCCUCGUAUGUCCCUGCAGGAGCUGGGAAGCCUCCAGAUCAAAAACGUCAAGCUUUCAGACUCUGGGAUAUACACAUGUGUGGCUACCAGUUCUAGUGGUGAAACAUCAUGGAGUGCUUUCUUGGAAGUCAAAGAAGCUGGGGGAGUGAUAGUCACAAAAAAACAUGAUGAGAAUGAGCUUCCAGGACCACCAUCUAAGCCUCAGGUCACGGAUGUCACCAAGAACAGUGUGUCUUUGUCCUGGCAGUCCGGGAUGGUUGGAGCAUCACCUGUCUCCUCAUUUGUCAUUGAAGCGUUCAGCCAAUCAGUGAGCAACAGCUGGCAAACAGUAGCAGAUCAUGUGAAAACCACCCAGUUUACUGUUAAAGGUCUCCGUCCCAACACCAUCUACCUGUUCAUGGUCCGAGCAGUCAACAGCCAGGGCCUGAGUGAUCCAAGUCCCAUGUCUGAGCCUGUCAGAACACAAGACAUAAGUCCGCCAGCUCAGGGUGUUGACCACAGGCAUGUACAGAAGGAGCUUGGUGAAGUCAUAGUUCGGUUACACAACCCAGUUGUCCAGAGUCCCACAACCAUCCAGGUCACAUGGACAGUGGAUCGUCAGUCCCAGUUCAUCCAGGGUUACAGAGUUCUGUACAGGCAGACUUCAGGAUUGCCCUCUCCAGGACACUGGCAGUCCCAAGAUGUCAAAGUCCCUUCUGAGCGCAGCAUUGUCCUCGCUGCUCUUAAGAAGGGCAUUGUGUAUGAGAUCAAGGUCCGGCCUUAUUUCAAUGAGUUUCAGGGCAUGGACAGUGAAUCCAGGACAGCACGGACUACUGAGGAAGCCCCCAGUGCCCCUCCUCAGCAGGUAACAGUCCUGACUGUGGGAAACCAGAACAGUACUUCCAUUAGCAUCUCCUGGGAUCCCCCUCCAUCAGACCACCAGAAUGGCAUCAUCCAAGAGUACAAGAUCUGGUGUCUAGGGAAUGAGACACGUUUCCAUGUAAAUAAGACAGUGGAUGCAGCCAUACGCUCAGUGGUGGUGGGUGGGCUGCAGGUGGGAGUGGUGUACCGGGUGGAAGUGGCUGCCAGCACUAGCGCAGGAGUCGGAGUCAAGAGCGAACCCCAGUCUAUUAUCAUUGGUAAGGAAUUUCGGGAUGUGAUUAUACAUGGAAACCGGAAUAACAGCAUCACAGAACAGAUCACUGAUGUGGUGAAACAGCCUGCUUUUAUUGCUGGUAUUGGAGGCGCCUGUUGGGUCAUCCUCAUGGGCUUCAGCAUCUGGCUCUACUGGAGGAGAAAGAAGAGAAAGGGCCUGAGCAACUACGCAGUGACAUUCCAGAGAGUCGAUGGUGGCCUGAUGAGCAAUGGAAGCCGACCAGGCUUACUGAAUGCCAGUGACCCAGGCUACCCCUGGUUAGCGGACUCCUGGCCAGCAACCAGCCUGCCUGUCAACAGCAGCUCCGGGGGACCCAAUGACCUGAGUAACUUUGGCCGAGGAGAUCUCCCUAGUGGGCAAGGGGAUAAGACAGGCACCAUGCUCUCUGAUGGAGCCAUCUACAGCAGCAUUGAUUUCACCACCAAAGCCAACUAUAACAGCCCAGGCCAAACAUCCCAGGCCACUCCUUAUGCCACCACCCAGAUUCUCCACUCUAGCAGUAUCCAUGAGCUGGCUGUGGACCUACCUGAGGCCCAGUGGAAGGCCUCACUCCAGGCAAAGCAGGAAAUGGCUAACUUGGGCUACUCCCUGCCUGACAAGAACUCCUGCAACAACAGUGGAAAAGGAGGAAAGAAGAAGAAGACCAAGGCAAGCUCCAAACCCACUAAAGCCAAUGGGUCCAACUGGGCCAAUGUUCCCCUGCCCCCUCCUCCAGUUCACCCUCUCCCUGGCACAGAGAUGGACCAUUAUCCCAAUGAGCACCAUGAAGGAGGAGGGUAUGAGAGUGAUGGCUGGGGCCCACCAAUGCCUGUGCAGACCUAUCUACACCAGGGCAUGGAGGAUGAGCUGGAGGAAGAGGAGGAGAGGGUUCCCACCCCGCCCAUCCGGGGGGUUGCGUCUUCCCCAGCUGCCGUGUCCUUUGGACAGCAGUCCACAGCCACCCUUACCCCUUCUCCUCGGGACGAGAUGCAACCCAUGCUCCAGGCACAUUUGGAUGAGAUAACUAGAGCAUACCAACUGGACAUGGCAAAACAGACAUGGCACAUGCAGGGGGGCUCUCUUCCUCCCCAGGCUCCGGCUCCUCCAGUGGGCUAUGUGUCGAGCACAAUGGUUUCUGACCUGGAGACUGACCUGCCUGAUGAGGAUGAGGAGGAGGAAGAUGAGGAGGAGGAUGAAGGCUAUGGAGCCAGACAUCCCCGUGGUAUUGAGCACACGCCAGGGUCUAGCAUGGACAACCUGGACAGCUCUUUAACAGGGUCCAUGGUGAAUGGGUGGGGCUCAGCCUCAGAGGAUGAGCGUAAUUUCUCCAGCCAUAGGUCCAGUUUGGGCAGUUCAUCAGAUGGCUCCAUCUUUACCCACUGCAGCUUUGCCCAGGCCCUGGUGGCUGCUGCAGACAAGGCAGGCUACCGCCUGGAGGGCACUAGUCUCAGCAAAAGAGGUAAAGGCUUGUCCCACAGGCCCCGGCCCAGCAGUCCAUUCUCAACAGAUGGCAGCACAGUCGGCACGCACAGCUUGGGCCACCAGAGGGCCACCAGGCCCACACGCAAACCCCGCAGCCAGGGCACAGCACCCCACCGGAGAGAUGCUGGUGCAGACGACCUACCUCCUCCCCCUGAGCCUCCUCCCUGUCAGGGGCAGGGCCGUAUCCAAGGGGCCCGCAGUAUAAGCAGCAUGGUACCCCCAACAGAGAGGAAGGCUUCAUCUCUGGAGCGCCCGUCUAUAUCUGGGCAGGACGACAUGAAGAGCUCCAUUGACAGACAGACACGCACUUCACUGGAACAUCAUCGCCAGGCUCAAGACAGGCUGGGCUCCAUGGACCGAGCUGACGAUGGGCGCAGAGGGCACAAAACUGAGGACGGGUGCCUGCCAUACAGUAAACCAUCCUUCCCCUCACCCGGUGGCCACAGCUCCUCUGGGACAGCCUCCUCCAAGGGCUCGACAGGGCCACGCAAGACCGAAGGUCCACGACAGCCACAACAGUGGACCGCCAUAGAGCACGCUGAUUUCCUGGGGACCAAUGGACAAGGACAGUACUCGGGAGAGUUAUAGUAAUCUGCCUGGGACGUGAACUGGAGAAAACCUGGCCUCUCCUCGAGAGAGUGACGCCCUCCUAUUGAGGGCAAUGAACUUUGUCCUUACCUGUGUUUUCUCAGAGGAAAAGAGUGCAGCAGAGGGCACUACAGAGAAAAGCUGUGUCACAGAACUGUAAAUGUGAUGUAUAGACACAGACAUACUGUACAUCUCACUAUGUUUUCGUCCUCAAGAAAAUAUUUUCCACCUCCUACCUUACUGUAAUUUUCUUUUUGUUAGAAAAAGGCAAGUAAAAAAAGAAAAAGAAAACAUCUAUAUGAGAACACAUUUUCUGGUAACUGCCCUUGGGGAAAAGGGAAUUUUUGUUUCCUGUAAAUAUAUUCUUUAACUUGUUGUUGCAUUGCUAUGCAAGCCUGAUUCAGUUUGAGCUCUUUUAUUUCCAUAUACAGGAACAAUUGGUUUUAUCUGGUUAUUUGUAUUAUAUGUGAAUUGAGUGGCUGUUGUGCCAUAAAAUAAUUGUUUUAUAAUCCAUUGUUUGUUAAUAGUUACCAUUAAUUAUUAUCAUUAUUAUUAUUAAUUAUUGUUUUUGCACUGCAAUUUUUGGUGAUAAGCACAAAAACAUAGCUCCUGCUGACAUGAAGAACCGGAAGAAUAUGUGAAGAGGAGUUUCUGUACUGUAAAGUAAAGAGAAGAAAAUUAUAUACUAAUGUACAGAAAUAUAUUAAAGAGUAAGGCUUUGCUCACAGACAGCAACAAAUAAGGCACCCGUUUCCAUAGUUGAGACUAAUAGGGUGGCAGACACAAGGUUCCUGAGGGUCUGAAGGGCAGAUAUGAUGCUGGAUCGUACACAGAGGAUACUGUAUUUACUUUAGGUUACUGAGUUGAUUAUUUAAUUUCUAAUUAACUGUCCUGACACAAUAGUUUGAUAUCGGAAACAUUUAGUUCUGGACAUCUCCAGGCACUAUCUCUGAAACAGAGUGAGGGGGUGUAGGUUUUUUUAUUUUUAUACGAGGGUCUCCAAGCAUUUUGAGUUGAUUUUGUUUUUAUGUUUUACUGCCUAAAUAAUUUUACUAUACUGAGUUUACGCUCCUCGUUCGGCAUAACAGCACACUAACCAUAAAACGGUCAAAAGGGAGGAGGAGUCUGUGAUAUCUGUCCUCAUGCUGUAGUUAAGUCGUAGCACUUAAAGAGGUAGAUUUAUGAUUCUUUUUAGCCUUAAUAGGGAAGCAGACAUCACAAAGAAGAGUACUGAUUCUGUUUAGUAGUAAUGAUCCUCCCAAAGCUACCGAAAAUAUUAGUGGAGCAACAUAAUUUGUUUACAACUUCUGUGUUUUAACUUUAUGUCUUUUGUUCCAUCCAUUUUUAAUAUUGUUUUCUUUUUAGAGCACUUAUCUGUUUUAUGUUUGUUAUAUUAUCUACGGUACAGUAUCAUCCAAGAAAACAACACAGUGACCCUAAAUGCAGAUGUUGCUCUAAAGGUCGGUGCCUCAGUUACCAGUACACUAUGAUCAGCACAGUCUUGUUUCAGUAACUUUAAGAUUUGAAAAGAAAUGGUGUGUGUGUACAAUUUACAAAUGUAGCUUUGAGUUUGAUCCAAAACAAGUCAAGUGAUAACGGAGAAAAGCCUUGUAUAUUAACUAGCAGGUUCCAAUGCCUCCAUGUCUACCGCCACAGUAUGGAGCCGAACACUUUCUACCUGCCUGACCGCCACAACUCACACACACACUUAUCAUCUGCCACUUCAACUUCUCAGCCUCUAAUUCUUAAUUCUUGUCUUUUUAGACAAUGUUUUAUUGGUUGUCCUUUUUUAAUGAAAAAGCUUGUUUCUUUGUAUGCCUUUUAUGGACUCCAAAACGCUGCUUACAACAAUGUUUUCAAUAUUAAUGUUCAGGAUUUUUGUGGUUCAAUGACUGUUUGUUUUGUCUUUUUUUGUACUGCUAAUGUUGAUAAAAGGGGGGUGGAAACUUAAGGCCGUCAGAUGCUGUUGUACUGUUGUCGUCAUGCCAUCGUCAUUUUAUAUCAUCCACCCAGUGGCCAGUGUUCUGGAAAUGAGGUGCAAAGAGUAUCUCAGGUUAUUUUACAUUCUGGUGGUGUUUAUGUAUGUGUAUAUAUGUGUAUAUAUCCAUAUGCAUCUCCACUUGAUUAUGCCAUUCCAUUUUCAUUGACAAAGAUAUCCCUCUCAUGUCCGAUUCUGUCGUCCCUUCUUUUCUUUUCUGCUGUGGAUUUUGAUUCCAAGUAUAAUGUGCUGGUUCAUCCACCAUAAGACAAGAUGUCAGUAAAAGAACAUACCAAAUUAAGAUUGAUAUUUCUUAUGUCUAAUGCGUUUUAGUGUCUCUUUAAUACUCAUUGUUUUCUUUUAAAUCACAGUGUCGUUUUGUAUUUAUUAAAAUGAUAAUAAAAGUAUAUUGUGAAAUAUGCAUAAAGAUUUGUGGAAUAUAAAAUGUGUUUUUUGUUCCUUGUAAAGUUUGCUGUCAGAGCCGAGCAGCGAGGCCAUAAGGAGAGAUGAUACUGUAGGCACACUGUGAUCACAGCACGGUGAAUGCCGGUUCAGCUGUCCUCUGAGUCACUCUACGUCCUGCAUGUUCACAACACUGCUCCUCUCAUGUCAAAACUAAAGCAACAUAAAACCUUUUUGAACACAAGGAGCAAAACUGCUCACAGUAUGCUUGUCAAGACAAUAGAGAAAACAUCUUUUUGGAAGGAUGAAGGUACUUUGGCUUUCUCUCUCUUUUGAUCAUUUUCUCAAUAUUGUUGGUUCUUUGUAGCCUAUCUAUGUGUUGCCUUUUUGCUAUAAAAGAGGAUUAAAAAUGACAAAAAGAGAAAGUUGUUGAGUGAAAUCUUUCUGUACAGUAUGGGGUGAAAUGACACCCUGAUCCAAUGCCAUUUCUACAGUACAGUACAUUCUGGUUUAUUUUUUCUUUUUCUGUAAAACCACCUUCUGUAUUCACUUGCAUGUCCUUGUCCGAAAAGAGAGUGGAUCAAGAAAAUAAACUUUUACAGUCUCAUUCCCAUGUCCUGUAAGAUAAAUCCAUGUUCUUUUAUUUCCUUGUACCUGGAUCAAUAUCAAAUAAAAUAUUUUU